UAGAUCAAGCAAUAGUAGGCGCGCGAAAAGUCACGGCUGUCAAAAUGCCAGUAAAACGAAUCGCAAAUCGUUUCGUACACUCGUGUGAGCUUUCACAAAUCGACGAAAAGUCCAAAAUCCACAGCCCCUACGACACCUGCUUCCAGAGCUUCUGCCACGGUCUACGCAAGUGCUUGACAAUAGCGAAAAACGUCGACAGUUCAACCUACUUCCGAAGUCUUGCCGCCUUCAAUCGCGAGAAAAACCGCCACCUUUUAUCCCGAAAGUACCGACGCGUCAUCCAUCCUUUCAGCAAUUUCGCAAGACGAGAAGAUUUAAUCGUUUCAGUCCUCUGGUUUACGAUUUUCGUUGUGCAAUCGUACGUUGGCAGCUUCUUCAACCGAGAACUCCUAGACGAAAAACAUGCCCAUGUGUAUCGGCAUGUGCUAGCUUUCGCAAACUUAUUGCUACUCUGUGACGUGGUUUUGCGCUUUUUCGUGGGCUAUUUGAUCGACGCCACCAGAACGGUUAUCCUGGACCACAAAUCGAUCGUCAAGAACUAUCUCAAGACGUACUUUAUUUUUGAUUUUGGUGCCGGUUUUAGUUUUUUAGUGUUCUAUAUUUUUAACCUCGACGAUCGCGCCCAAUUGAUUCUGUACGAACUGCACACUUUGCGGAUAGUGAGAGUGAGAACGAUUCUGAAAAACCUGGACAAUCUUUUGUGUGAUUUCAACGUCCGGGAGUCGAUCCGCAUUGUGGUCCUGAUCUCCUUCAUCGGCUUCCUCAGCUUGCACACUCUGACUUGCGCUUUUGGCUUGAUCCCAGUCUACCGGAAGGUGUUCCAGAUUCAAUACGAGUUCGAGAACUCCUGGUUAUCCCAGACCGACAACCACUCCCCGCAGACGCAGUUCGAGUCCGGGUGGGAGCACGACCACAGUUCCCUCCAGAAGUACCUGCACCACCUCUCCAUGGUUCUGUGCCACUUUGUCGGUUGUGCGAUCCCAAAGUACAAGACUGCAGACUACUUGGAAAUGCUCAUCCUGGCCUGGAUCACCAUCUUUGGUCUGAUUUUCUACGUCUAUGUCGUCGCCAAAGUGCUCCAACUCUUCGGCGUGGUCAACAUCUCCGAAACCAAGUUCGAAGAACUGAAGAUCCAGUCGGACAAGUACAUGCGAAGAAACGACUUUCCGGGGGAUUUACGCAAACGCGUCAACGACUACUAUGACUACAAGUUCGACAAGAAGUUUUUCUCCGAACAGAAAAUCCUUGAUUCGCUCAGUGAACAUCUCCGGAUGGAAGUUCUUCUUUACAGUUGCCGGAAUCUAAUCGAAGAAGUGCAGAUUUUCAAGGGAUUGUCCAGGUCAGCCAUUGGCUCGGUUCUGGCGCUUUUGAAGCAGGAGGUUUACGUGGCGAAUGACGUGAUUUUGGAGCCGGAUGAACGAACGGGUGAUAUUUAUUUUAUACUUUACGGCACGUGUGCGAUUGAACUGAUCUCGGGGAAGGAAGUGAUGCAUAUUGAAGAUGGGGAUUAUUUCGGGAUUGUCGAUAUGGAAACUGCCACUGAUCCUUCGUCUAUUGUCUCGCUUGAAGUGUCCGAAGUUUACAAAUUGGAGAGGAAAGAUAUCAAGUAUUGCUGUAAGUGCUUUCCAGAAAUCAAGCAGAAACUGGAGAAGAUGGCUCUUCACAGGAUGAGGAAGUUUAACCAAAUGAUGAGUCUGCGAGGAGUUGAAGACGAGACAACAGAUGACAUCAUUGAUAAUUUGAGGAAAGGGAGAAUCCUACAUCGGGGAAUACACAGACUAGCUUUCUUAUAAGUUUGUAGAUUUUUAAGCAAUAAAAAUGCCCAAGUUCCAA